AUGGAUUCAGGGGGUUCAUCGGACGAGGAGUAUGGACAGCGAUCUCUGUGUCCAGGAGACAUUGUAAGGGAGAAUCGCCGCCAUGCAACUACACUAUCAACGCCGCGACUACAAACAUGGGGGUACCGUCUUAUCGAUUGCAUGUAUCCUCAGAGAGUGGCAUUUGUGAAAACCAUAUCCGAACUCAAGGCAACAAACAAAGUUACUUUACAAAAAAUGCAAGAGGCAGUUAGGAAGGAUGUGAAGAGGGCAUUCGGAGUGUUCCAAACUCGUUGGAAAAUUAUUUCAUGGAGCUACAAUGAUACGACAUUUCACGUGUAUGAUGCACAUGCAUGGAUUUGCAUUAAUUUGUCUGAAUUGGUCAUUAUGGUGAGGAAAAGUGCAGAGAAAAGUUAUGGUCGUAUGGCUGCAUGCACAUCAAGUCCUGAACCCUCAGAAAAUAACCCAAGGCAGAAUUUCCGUUUAGGAGAUAUAACAUGGGUUAAGCAUGAUGGCUCCUCAUGGUGGCCAGCCCAGGUCAUUGAUGAAGCAUGUGCCAGUAGCAAGGCCAAGAAGAAGACCAGCCAUGACGCUCUGGUUCGACUGUAUGGCACAUGCCUAGACUUGUAUGUUGACCCUUGGAAGUCUAACAUGGAAUUCGAAAUGAAUGUACCAAUAGCACGACUCACACAUAUAUGUUUUAGGAUUGUACAGUUUCUGAAGAAAGAAAAUAAGACAGCCAUGGAAGCAUUCCAUGAGGUGCUUCAGAAGGAGCUCUCUCAUUUUAAGUCGGCCAGUGAUGACGAGGAGGAAGCUGUCAACACAAAAGCCAAGACGUCUACUAAGAAAGUCAGAAAGCAAGAAGCCUUAGAGCAGGACCAAGAAGUUCGGAGCAAUGCAAAAGGUGGAGGUGCUGCUCAGAAAGGAAAAAAGCAGAAAGGUGUGAGGCAAGCAAGUGCUCUUGACAAAGCUUUGAGUAUAGAUUCUGCUGAAGGUUUAAGAGAUAAGACACCCAAGCAAGCUUCUGCUGUGCGAGAUAAAAAGAGUGGUAAGAAGGCAUCAUCAGGAACAUCGGUGGCCAAAAAGGAAGGAUCCUCAAAGCGGUCGGGCCGUACCAAUCUGAAGGAAUAUUCAGAUGCGGCGGAGGACAGCACAUCACAGCUCCAUGUUUCAAGCGCAAGUGAAAAUGCAGCUGAAGCAGGAGACAUGACAUCCGUGAAUCGAAGCCAGCACAAAACUGGUUUGACGGUCGAAGGAACCCACCGGAAGAUAAAAGCUAUGGUCAGGGAUAUACUGCUGGGGGACGUCAUAGACAGGCAGCUUGCUGCUGAAAUGGCAUAUGUGGAUGAAGUGAUCUUUGGAAUCUGUGAAGCUACUGAGGCAAAGGCGACUGCUGCUACUACUACUGAGACAGAGGGUGGACUAAGCACCAAGCGGGCCGCUAGUGGGCUGGAGGCUGACUCAAGCCGUGCUGCGAAGAAGAAACCUAGAAAGGGCAAGGCGGCAAAGCCGGAGACCAAGGACCCCAACUCUUCUCCUUUAUGUUGCCUACCUGAUCUACCUACUAGUUUACUAGUGCCAAUUUCUGUUCUUGUUUACGGAAGAUUUGGCCCGGACAUAGCUGCUGCGCACGAUCUGCUGUGA